AUGAAGCGAGCCAGGGAACAAAACGUCGAGGCAGCAGGACAAGAAGGAGAGACGGCGUCGGCCCACCACGACCAUACAACAACAGCGUCGCCGAACAACAAGAAGCCGCGUUGUGGUGGGUUGGUGGACGGCGACGACGAGGACGGAGGAUUAAUCGGGUGGAACCUACUGCGCGACCUGCCCUACGUCGCCUUCCGCCGGCUCCUCGACUUCCUCUCCUCCCCCACCGCCGCCAAUGCCGCAGAGGGCUGGUCGAAAGUUGUCUUGCCUGGGGUGCCGGAGCUAUGCCGCGUGCGCGCCGAAAGCGGGCGGUUCGUAGGUGAGCUCGAGUGGGGCGUCGACCUGCCCCCGGGCGAAGAGGAGGGCUUCGAGCGGAAGAUGGAGGCCCAGGAAAAGCGGCUGCGCUCCCUGCGGCCCUAUCAUCCCCCGCCGAGGCAGGCCCAGCACCAGGAUUCGAUCAGCAGCGUGGCGGCGCUGCGACUCACCUGCCACGCCAUCAAGGACGCCGUCGACCACGCCCUCGGCGCUGGCGCGCAAGGCUCCGCCCUCUACGCACCACUCGAUCAGUUCCUCGCCAACCACUUCUUCCCACCCGCCACCGCCGCUGCGGCCUCAGUGCUGGCCGGAUCAGACGAGGCGCCGCCGCUGCCACUGUUGUCCGACUCGGCCGAGGCCGCGCGCACCAAGGAGCAGUUCCGGAAGAUGGCCGACCUGACCCUGGGCGUGGCCCAGGCUCGCCUCCACCAGUCGCAGCUGGACGAGGUGCUGGAGUACGUGUGGCGCACGUGGGAGUUCGCGCCCGCCAAGCUCGAGGCCCUCCGCCGCCAGCUCCUUGCGCCCUGCGCCACCGUCAGGGCGGCGGCGCCGCUGCUCAAGGUGGAGUACCUGCGGCGCGAGGACGACUACCUGGGCCGGUCCUACGGGCUGGGCAUCCGCGCCUGCCUGUCCCUCGGCCUGCCCGACCAGCCCCACGAGCGGGCGGAGGUGGGUCUGUGGGUGCUGCAGGCAUGGGACCACCGGGACGAGGGCUGGGACCUGCAGGUGUUCGUCGAUCUGCGCACCUCCUCGACCAGCUGGAAGCAGCUCCUCAAAUCUUCGGGCCAAGACCAACAAAACGAAGAGAAGGAAAGCAAGAAGAAGAAGAAGAAGAAGAGAAAGAAGAAGUAG